AAGAAAUUGAACUAGUACUGGGAAGGAAUCUGAACUACGAAUCCCAGCAUGCAUUAUUGAGCGCUUGACUUGCUUCUGAACAAAGAUCUCAAGUCUAUUACUCCUUCCUGCGUGGAUCUAGAGGAGACGCCAAGGACUCAUUCCUCUAAAAUUAAACCACAGUUUCCUCAUGGGUCGACUUGAUGGGAAAGUCAUCAUCCUAACAGCUGCCGCUCAGGGGAUCGGCCGGGCAGCUGCUGUGGCUUUUGCAAAUGAAGGUGCCAAAGUCAUAGCCACGGACAUCAAUGAGUCCAAACUUCAGGAACUGGAAAACUACCCAGGUAUCCAAACUCGUGUCCUUGAUGUCACAAAGAAGAAACAAAUUGAUCAGUUCGCCAGUGAGAUUGAAAGAAUUGAUGUUCUCUUUAAUGUUGCUGGUUUUGUUCAUCAUGGAACCAUCCUGGACUGUGAGGAAAAAGACUGGGAUUUUUCCAUGAAUCUCAAUAUCCGCAGCAUGUACCUGAUGAUCAAGGCAUUCCUUCCUAAAAUGCUUGCUCAGAAAUCCGGCAACAUUAUCAACAUGUCCUCUGUGGCCUCCAGCAUCAAAGGAGUGGUGAACAGGUGUGUGUAUAGCACCACCAAGGCAGCCGUGAUUGGCCUUACAAAGUCCGUGGCUGCAGACUUCAUCCAGCAGGGUAUUAGGUGCAACUGUGUGUGCCCAGGAACCGUUGAUACCCCAUCUCUGCAAGAAAGAAUACAAGCCAGAGAAAAUCCUGAAGAGGCACUGAAUUAUUUCCUGAAGAGACAAAAGACAGGAAGAUUUGCAACUGCGGAAGAAGUAGCCCUGCUCUGUGUAUAUCUGGCUUCUGAUGAAGUAAGCAUCUCUCUUCCCAGGAAGCUCAUUACCCUCCAUCACAUUUGACUACUAUUUUCUCAUCAACCUAAAGUCGUUCAGUCAGCCUAUGUGACAGGCAAUCCUGUCAUCAUUGAUGGAGGAUGGAGCCUGUGACUGCAGGAUCUCCUGGUGGGGAAGGCAGGACCUUCUUGCCCAUGGUGAACCUGGUUGUGAAGAAAACUCAGUGAUCAUCUCUCUCCUAGGAAUGACAUUAAUGAAAAUGAGCCUUUUAAAAUUAUUGUUCCCAAGAAUCUAGUUCUUUAAUUAAUUUCUUUCCUAAUCUCUUCUGAAAUCAUUGUAAGUCAAAUAAAAAAUAUUGAACUCAUUAUCAAAAUAAUUUUUAAAAUAGACUUCAAUUUGUAAGCAUCUUAGUUCAGGCUGCUAUAACAAAUUACUAUACACUGGUGGAUUAAACAACAAGCCUAAUCUUCACAUUUUGGAGGCUGGCAAAUGCAAGGUCAAGAUGCCAGCAGAUCUGAUGCCAGGUUGCCAGGCCGGAAGGGAUUUUAAGGGUUUAUGUUCCUUUUUCUAUGCUUGACCUUUCUCAAGUAGAAAAAAAAUUGGGAUCUUACACUGCAAACUCUGUCUCUUAUAUUAAAGAGUUUCAAUACUUAACUCAA